UUCACAUUUGCGGAAAAUUAUAACAACAGAUGAAGGCCAUCUGUGCCAGCCAGCCAGCCAUUACAAGCUGGCGCUCAAACAGCAUCGCGACACACAUGGUAUGCGUUGUCCUUCGUCGAACGCAAUUACAAGCGCACUCUAAUGAAGCUGGUGAGAAGACCAAAACAUUAUUCUGUUUACUAAAAUUUAACAACGUCUUUUCUACACUUCAAAACCAAGAUGAUGAAUAUCAAAACAAAACAUGACUGCGAUUUCGCCAUUUUGUUUCCCGCAAUCAGGAUCACGACUACAGCUCUCAGGAGCCUAGUGAAUGCGCGAGUAAAACUCUUCCUGACUCCUAAAAAAGCGUCAAAGAGAAUUUCAGACAGAGGAAUCCCGACAGAAGAGAGCAAAUUAGGACAGCGAUCUCCUUCGUCGAAUGCAACAACUAUAACUCUUCAUAAUUGAUUCAAAUACUGUUUUGGCAAUUUUUUUUAGCAGUUAUACUUGGAAUAUUCGGAUAGAAUUAAGUUAAGGGCUCAUUCGAAAUGUUUAAGCUCGAAGGUCUUUUAAAAUGCCGUCUGAAAAAGUAAAACCGAUAAAUAAUACAUGACAGAGUGUUUAUUAAAGCUCGGUUAGCCCUAUAGUGUAGCAUGAGUUGACAUGGAAACUAAGGCGAACACUGCAACCCAAAGAAAACACAAAGGGCCAGUUAUUUAAACAAAACCGCGCUCUAAGUCAUUUUCACCUUACCCAAUGCUUUUAUCUCAACAUCAUUUAUAGUAACUAGUUUCAUGACGACACAUGGCGUACACUAGAAAAGCAUUUAUCUUCUAAAAUAACCCACUAAAGAAUAUAUCUGGAGGUCCAAAGGUUUGCUAAACCGUGGUCUAAGUUAAACUUCGCCUUAAUAACUGACCCAAAUGUUUUGAGCCCGCUUUGUUAAAAGACGUAGUGCAAAACAACACUGUCUAACAGAUUCUCUCUUCGACCUUACAAAUUGCAAGUCGGAAAGGAUAUUCACCCAGUUAAUUUGGGGGCUUAUGGCUAUUAAAUGCUAAACACCCUAACAAAAAUUAUUGAUACAACCGCUUUUACUUAUACAGUAUGCCAUCUUACCAGUGGUGAAUUUUAACUUAAAAAACACAUUAGUGAAGUAGUCAAGAACCAUUAACAUAAAAUAUAACAGUUGAAAUUUUCCAAAUCGAGCACAAAAAUAAUUAUCAAAAAAGGGAUGUCGCAUCCAUUAUUUGUUCAUAUUUUUCUGACCGAGUCAGGGAUCAAUAUCUCUACUUUUGCACUAACAUCAAAUCGAGCACAAAAAUAAUUAUCAAAAAAGGGAUGUCGCAUCCAUUAUUUGUUCAUAUUUUUAUGACCGAGUCGGAGAUCAACAUCUCUAUUUUUUGCACUUACAUCUUUGGGCAGUUUUGUUACAUUUCCUUUUCAAACUAUUUGGUUCAAAAGAGAAAAAAAAAAAAAAGAGCAGGAGGAAAGCCUUGCAGGAGUUUUCUGAACACUGAGGUAUUUCGCUUCGCAGGAUGCGAUAAAGCGGCCCCACCGAAAGUUCUGAUUGCCGUAAACAAUUUCUUUUUGCCGGUGAUUAAGUUUAAGUUUUAUUUGAAACAAAAACUCCCGUUUUCUAAUCGCUUAGCAGUUUAGCAAAAUACGUCUGACAAUUAUCUAAAGUGUCUUAAAAACACAAAGGACAUCUGCUUUGCCACACCAGCAAUGCCCUGUCAUCAGUAUUCGUAUGUUCAGAAAAGAGUUUCAUCGUAGCUCAGUUAAAGACGCAUUUUAGUCAGUCAAACUGCUUUUCAUCAAAGUCUAACUUACUAAACGUUUUGGAACUCUCCGAACUUUAUUCAAUCCGUGACGUGGGUUUGGUGGGAUCAUCCUGCAAAAACCAAACGCUUGCAAGGUCCAACAAGAAUUUGCUUGCUUCAAACGCCGCAACUACCCGAAAAGGUCAUCAAAUGGAUUGGUCGUAUCUCACGCUUUGCGUAUUAAACGGGUACUUGUCUUACACCGCCACCAUGCUGAACAUUGUAGCAAUCUACGCGAUCAGAAAGACUUCGUCUUUGCCAAAAAAUUUAAAAACAUUGCUGUUGAGUCUGGCUGUUUCUGAUCUCGGGGUUGGUUUACUAGCUCAGCCAAUGCACGUUGCUUAUAUCAUGGACUCUAAACAAAACAAUGCAACCAAUGAAACUUAUAAUGUCCUAUUUAUCGCGUUUCUUAUUCCGACGAAUUUCUUCAUCCAUGCGUCAUUGUUUAGCGUCACGGCUCUCUGUGUAGACAGAUUUUUGGCAAUUCGGCUUCACCUCAGAUACCAGGAACUUGUAACUUACAAGCGCCUUGCUACUGUAGUGGUCUCAAUUUGGGUGAUAAGUGCAUUUAUUUCACUGAUCAGGCUAUUCCUCCCAACGGAAAUUAUGUACGUGAGUUUCGUCAUUAUUGAAUCUGCCUGCAUCAUAACUGCAACUCUCCUGAGCGCCAAACUUUACCUAACCAUUAGACGCCACAUAAACCAAAUUCAAGUCCCGCAAGUAGCCCAAAAUGACCAAGGAGACAGUGUUCAAAGAAAAAGGACAUCUGCGAUGGCAUCGCUUUACGUGUACCUGGUUUUCAUAACUUGCUACUUGCCUGACAUUUGUGUGUUAAUUACUAUCGCUACCAUUUCCGAACCAAGGAUUGAUGUAAUACAUUUGAGUUUUUACACUCUGACCCUGUUGUUUCUUAAUUCGACCCUUAAUCCAAUAAUCUUCUGUUGGAAAAUGAAACCCAUCCAGUACACUAUUGUAGGCACACUUCGAAAUCUUCUGUCAAGUCUCACCUAAAGAAAGCUCCACCUUAAACUAAGACGAGCAGAGGACUAAGAAAGCCUUAUAUGGUCAUCCUCAUACGGUCCUUAUACGGUCUGUAACUAAAUGAAGCUAUGCCACUUAAAUGCUUUGCGAAUUACCCUACAUGUUAUUUCCAUGACACAAUCCACGCUGUCUUCAUUCAGUUUUUAAACGUUCUCAUGCAAACUUUUAGUUAAAAAAAUUCACUACUUUUGUAAAAUGAAACAUAAAAAAGCGCGAUUGACGCACUUCACAGUGUCUUAGUGAUGCAAGAGUGAGCCAGCUUACGAGCUAAAUGACUUAAGUUUCUUCUUCAUAUAACCUUUUCACUGUGUUAAAACCUAACAACGUUUAAUUCGUUAUGCAGCAAAGGUUUUGCUGAAAUAGACCUUAACUAAGAUGAUAUAGUUAUGUCAUUACUAUACAAUUUAAGUUUACGAGAUUAUUCUUAAUGAUAGAAGGGGGAGAAAGUAUGAUAAAAAAAAAUAAACUUUUUUCUAAAACUGUUCACGUUUAGAACCCUUAAGAUUUUAUGGUUUAACUGUUUUCGUCUCAAAAAACAUAUGUAUUGUCAAAUCCGCCUUGGUCUCUUGUAUUGUUUUGCAGUGCUCUUUAUUGUUUUUUCAGUAAGCAACAUUUCACCAAGGAUUCAGGAUAAUAAUGAAAAGAAAAGCAACGGCCGUAGAAACGAAACCAACCUUUACCUCCGUCUAAAGACAUGCUGAAAAUUUCCCCAGAAACGAGAACAUCAAACUUCAACUAGCCUGCGAGGAAGCUUUCUAUUUAGGGGGAGUCGCGAGAAGUCACGCGAGAGCAGCACGCGUAAGGAAACGCGGGUGCGAGGGGCGGGGUGACAGGCGCGUUUUCUGGCGACUAGCUUUGCUUUCUCGCGGGCUAAAUUUCAACAGCUGUCUUGCGCGCUGUUCAUUUUCAUGACAAUUUCGAUCGAUCGUGGAACCUUAACGCUUUUCGCGGUUUACAACCUUUAUUGAUUAUUGUUACUGUAUUUUCACUUCCAUUCUGACCUAGAAAGGUCUGAAAUUAUAGCUUCCAACAAAAGCCUGAAUCAGAGAGGGAGUUCGUGAAUAUAACACGCUCUCAACUAAACAUGAAUUGUUGGUGCCAGUUUCAUAGUAGAAUUGGGUAGCAAAUGAAUUUCACCUCAACAACAACAACAAGAAAAGAAAUAGUUUUUAAGACCGCUUGCGUUUAAUGGUUGGGUGCAAAACCAACGAAAAACUCUCCACUAAUAGUUUUUGCUGUCGAGCUUAAAAAUUGCAAAUGCAACGCAAAUCCAUGAAAGAUUUGGGGAACCACAUGACAUGUAAAUUAAACAGCUGAAAUUUUCCAAGUUGGUUAUUUAAAGCCUACUCUUAUCCUCUUUCUGCAAACUAAAUAUUAUUUUGUUAGACACUACAUUUUGUGAAAAAUACCAAAAAUUUCACUAACUUUAAGAGAAGAAAACAGUUUGUAACUCCUUCAAUAGGGACUAAAAACUCUAAAUGAGAAGCCCUCAUGUUAACGCCAUAAACUAGAAGUCUUUCAUUUUACAUCGUUUUAUUUUUACUGUCAAUUAAAUCGGCUAGAAUACUAACGAGGAAAAGUUUUUUCUUAAAUAUUUCAUUCGACCGCAACAUGCCAUUUUACAGCAAAUUUUAAUGAACAUAGAGUAUAUGGAGCAUACACAAGAGAGAAGGACAGUUGUCCUUUUUCGCAUUUCGAUCACUCGGACGCGAUAUGGCCAUAUAGUGGCCCCAAUAAUGAAAAAAAAAACUUCAAAUAUGACUUAACUGUCAAAGGUAGGAAAAACGGUGGAGCAAGUUUCCUGUGUUUUACUUGAAGUUAAUUUAAACAAAACUUCCUGUUGUUAAAUUGGUAUAACGCUAAUAAAAAAGGCGAUUUUGAAAACAACCAAGAGAUCUAUUCUGACACUUUGACCAGCAAUACUUAAUGAUUAGUUGCUUGCGUCAUUGUGUUGAGAUGAAAUGUUUCAUAGGGGCCCAGUUAAAGACGAAUUUAGUCAAAGUACUUAUCAAAUGCUACCCUAUCGAAAGUCGUGGAGUUCUAAAAAUAAGUCAAUCCGCAACGAAGCUCUGGUAGAAGAAGUCCACGAAACUGAUCCUACUGAAUUCAUAAAAUAUCAAACUCUUGCAUCAUCUGAUAGGAAUUUAACUGGCUUCAACACAAAUUCCAAAAAGACAACAAAUGGAUUCUUCGUAUCUCGUAGUUUGCCUUUGAAAUGCACUUUUAUCCUACACCGCCACCAUGCUAAACAUUGUAAAAAUCCACUCGAUAAGAAAAACUCCGACCUUGUCAAAGAAUUUAAAAACAUUGCAUUUGAGCCUGGCUGUUUCUGAUCUUGGUGUUGGAUUUCUAACUCAGCCAAUGGGAACUCUAGACUCAAGAACACAAAAAAAAAAUUGGGGGGAAAUGGGUCAGUUUCGAAUUAUCAAAAUUCAUACUUGGCUCGGAGGCUGCAGGGAGUAAAAUAGAAUAGAAUUGAGUAGCAAAUGAAUUUCAUCUCAACAACAACAACAACAACAAAGAAAUACUUCUUAAUUCCGCUUGCGUUUAAUGGUGGGGUGCAAAACCAAACAUAAACUGUCCACUAAUAGUUUAUGUCGUCGAUAGUACAAAUUGCAAAUACAACACAAGUUAAUGAAAGAGUGAGGGAACCAUAUGAUAUGUAAAUUAAACAGCUGAAAUUUUCCGAGUUGGUUAUUGAAAACCUACUCUUUGCUAAGUAUUAUUUUUUAGACGUGUGAAAAAUAUCAAAAAUUUCACCACCUUUAAAGAGACGAAACACUUUGUAACUCCUUCAAUAGAGACUGUAAACUCUAAAUGAGAAGCCCUUACGUUAACGCCAAAAACUAGAAGUCUUUAAUUUUGAAAUAUAAGGUUAUUAAGCCUUAACAUGUUCAUCAAAAUUCAAUGGGUAUACAGACUAAUGACGAAGAGUUUUUUUUUAAUAUUUCAAUCGACCGCUUUUUGUCCCAACUAAUAAGGAACAUGUCAUUUUGCAGUAAAUUUUAAUAACUUUCUUUUAAAAUACAGCAUAUUGAGCAUACACAAGGGUGAAGGACAGUUUUGUCCUUUUUCGCACUUCGCUCGUUUCGAUGCAAUAUAGCCACAUAACGGCCCCAAUAAAGAAAAAAACCUUCAAAUAUCACUUAACUGUUAAAGCUGGGAAAAAUGGAGGGGCAAGUUUCCUGUGUUUCAGUUGAAGUUACUUUAAACAGAACUUCCUGUUUUUAAAUUGGUAUGAAGCAAUACUUGAUGAUCCGUCGCCGCGUCAUUGUGUUAAGAUGAAAUGUUUCACUGUGGCCUAGUUAAAGAGGAAUUUAGUCAACCUGCUUAUCAAAUGCUACCCUAUUGAAAGUCGUGGGGUACUAAAAAUAUGUCGAUCCGCUUCGAAACUCUGGUAGAGGAAGUCCACGAAACUGAUUCUACUGAACUCAUAAAAGAUCAAACUCUUGCAUCAUCUGAUAGGAAUUUAACUGGCUUCAGCACAAAUCCAAAAAGGACAACAAAUGGAUUCCUCGUAUCUCCUAGUUUGCCUUUUAAAUGCAUUUUUAUCCUACACCGCCACCAUGCUAAAUAUUGUUACAAUCCAUGCCAUAAGAAAAACUCCAUCCUUGUCAAAGAAUUUAAAAACAUUGCUCCUUAGUCUGGCUGUUUCUGAUCUUGGUGUUGGUUUAGUGGCGCAACCUUUGGAUGUGGCACGUCUUAUUAUGGAGUCACGGGUAAACAUUGAAAGUAGUAAAACGUAUAAUGCCAUCUAUAUCGCGUUCCUUAUCCCGACGAAUUUAUUUAUUUUCGCUACGCUGUUUCUCGUCAUUGUUCUUUGUGCAGAGAGAUUUAUAGCCAUUCAUUAUUAUCUUAGAUAUCAAGAAAUUGUGACACACAAGCGAGUUGUUGCUGUUGUCGUCUCAACUUGGGUAUUAAGCGGACUGUUUUCGUUCACGAGGCUGUGGAUCCCAAAGAGUAUUAUGUACGUGGUUUUUGGCAUUACACAACUUGCAUGUAUUAUAGCUGCCACUUUCUUCAGUAUCAGAAUUUACUUGUCCGUGCGACUUCACGUGAACGAAAUGCAAGUGCUGCAGCUACAACAUGCACCACAGAACGCUCAAAUGGUUAACGUUCGAAGGAUGAGAAAGUUUGCGAUGAUGUCAGUUUACGUUUGCCUCGUUUUAACAGUUUGCUAUCUGCCAAACAUUUGUAUACUCUUUGCUAUUGCCUUCACUUCUAGACCAAGCAUGGGCAUAAAGCAUUUACAGUUUUACACUCUGACACUGGAGUUCCUUAAUUCGUCGCUUAAUCCUGUGAUCUACUGCUGGAAAAUGAAACAGAUCCGACAGACGAUCAUUGGCUUUAUACGAAAUGCAUUUACGAAGCAAAACUAA